AUGAUAAGAAGCUAGAUUGUUCAGCAACUAGCUCGACUCACCCAGUCCAUUUCUGGGUGGCUGGCCACCGAGUUCUUCAAAUGGUGCAACCAGCCUCUGGAGGAGAACACGGUGAAGCUGUGAAAUAUCCAGCCUGAUAACGUUGUGUUGGAAGUGGGGCAUGGGCCAGGCUGGGGCCUGCUAGCUGCAGACUAGCUCCAUGGCCAUGAGGGCAAGCUGCUUGGAGUAGACUACUCUGAGUACAUGCACAGGAUGUCCAGGAAGAGGAUGCAGGAACAGAUAACCCAGGGAAAAGUAAUUCUAUAUCACUGUAAUGUGGCAGCAAUGCCUAUAGAAAACAACACUAUGGAUAAGGUAUUCCACUGCAACUCCUACUACUUCUGCCCUGACUUGAAAACUGGAACCUCAGAGAUACACAGAGUGAUGAAACCAGGUGGGCUUAGGGUUACAACCCUUAGACAAACAUCUAUUGCUUUAUAUGCAUCGCUGAAAAUAAUACUUGGAGAAAACUGGCAUCCAGAGGCCUAUAUGGAGGCGCUGUGGUCCUCUGGGUUCACAGACAUCAGAAUGCAGAAUAUAACAGGGGACCGAUUCAUCUUUCAGGCAAUUUUUGCUACUGCUUCAAAGUGA